AUGCAGCCAUUCACUUACAAGGGACUCUCGAUUGGGUGCUCUCCAUGCAGAUGGCCGAUUUUGGCAAAUUUAAGUAAAUUUGCUUGUCGUAGUGUUUUAUGCAUUCAAAGGAAGCAUGGUGGCAUGUCACGGUGCAACAUUGAUGCAAAAGAGGACUUUGGAAGACCAAAUUAUGAUAUUAGAUUGCAUACCCAGCAUAGGUUGUCCAGGUAUGCAGUUGGACGAUCUGGACUUACUGAAGCUGGGAGCGCUGGUGCUGACUAUCCAUUGCCAGAAGUAAAUACGGUCUCAAAAUUUAGGGGAAUAGGCUUCUAUGCCAUUACUGCUUUCAAUGCCAUUUAUCUCUUUGUGCUGAUGCUGGUAGCCCAUCCUUUUGUUCUGUUGUUGGAUCGAUACAAAAGAAAAGCUCAUAUGUUUAUUGCCAAAGUUUGGGCCACUGUUACUGUUACACCAUUUGUUAAGAUCAAGUUUGAGGGACUGGAGAAUUUGCCUCCUCCAGAUGCUCCUGCUGUAUAUGUUUCCAACCACCAGAGCUUUUUAGACAUAUAUGUUCUUCUCACAAUUGGGAGACCCUUUAAGUUUAUCAGCAAGACUAGCAUAUUUCUCUAUCCCAUUGUUGGGUGGGCCAUGUUUCUGAUGGGUGUAAUUCCUUUAAAGCGCAUGGACAGCAAAAGUCAAUUGGAGUGUCUUAAGCGUUGCAUAGAUCUUAUCAAGAAGGGGGCCUCUGUCUUUUUCUUUCCUGAGGGAACACGCAGUAAAGAUGGAAAAUUAGGCUCUUUCAAGAAAGGUGCCUUCAGUAUUGCAGCAAAGACCAAGGUACCAGUAGUGCCCAUUACCCUUAUAGGAACUGGAAAAAUCAUGCCUCCAGGAAGGGAGGCUAUCUUGAAUACUGGAUCUGUGAAAGUUGUGAUUCAUAAGUCUAUACAAGGAAAUGAUGCAGAAGUACUGUGUAGUGAAAGUAGAAACAUAAUUGCAGAUGCACUCAAUCGUCAAGGCUGA